GUGAGUUCUCGAACGCCGUUUUUGCCAAGGCGGUGAGGCGGGGAUGCAUGAUGGACAUUAGUAAUCAGCCACUUGCGAAUCCGAGUACUGCGACCGAUUUGAUAUAUGUCAUCAACUAACUGAUCGUCUUUGAGAUGUCUCUGCUCUCUUUGAAUUUAUAUAUAUAUCCUUCUUUGUUCCGCGUUUGUUUUGCACUGGAAAUGCAGAUAGACAGAUAGCGUCAUUUUAUUAAUUUAUUGUUACAAGACUCUUGGAUUUCUUCCAAAUGGACAACUCCGUCUAUGCCAACUACCCCCCGCCAUUGAGUCCUGAGCAGCAAGAAUAUCUUGUCUCCACGGUAAAAACAUGGGCUCUACAUCAUGGACUAUGUGUCAAACCGUCACCGUCAUUUAUCGAGACGCAAUUGGAUCCCCAAGGCGUCUUAGCAACUAAUGCGCCCGUCACUCUUUUUCCCAGCCUUUUCCCCAAAUCCUGCUUUGACCGUGCCACUUCAAUUCAGAGAGCAUACAACGAGUUAUAUGCUAGGAUCAGCAGCGAUGAAGCGUGGUUGGGGAAGGUUAUUGAAGAGCUCAUUGACGUGGAUGACUUCGUCGCAAAUCUUUGGAAGGUUCAUCUCAGUGUAAAAAAGGAUGGAUAUGUUCAGCCACUGUCACUAGGCCUUUUCCGAUCCGACUAUAUCGCCCAUCGGCCUCCUGGCUCAGUAGAACCAUCCCUCAAACAGGUGGAAUUUAACACCAUAUCCUCAUCGUUUGGAGGUCUUUCAGCCCUUGUCACUGCAUUGCACGCAGAUCUCUUGUCCUCACCUCCUGGAAAUCCCAUUACAUACCCGACACAUCCAAUUCUGAAAGAUCGUAGGCCCCCAGAAAAUACUGCCACCACCUCCCUAGCCAGCGGUCUAGCAUCAGCCCACAAUGCAUAUGGCCCGUCAAAGUCAGAAUCCUCACUACCAUUGUGCAUUUUAUUCAUUGUUCAAGCCGGGGAACGAAACUUAUUCGACCAGCUGGAAUUAUCCACCCGGCUUACUGAUUUCCACAAAAUCCCUGUCUUCCGACUCAUAACGACAGAUAUCCUGAAAUUGACCUCGAUUCCUUCCUCCAACUCUGCAAGGCCAUUAAUAUAUGCCCCUCUCCACGCCCCUGCCACCAAGUUUGAGGUAACCACAAUUUACCUACGCGGUUUCUAUGGACCGGCGGACUACCCAGACGAAUCCGCAUGGGCUGCUCGAACGCACUUAGAGCGUUCUGCCGCGAUAAAAUGCCCUUCCGUCCUCAGUCAGCUAUCUGGCUGCAAGAAGGUGCAACAAGUACUUGCAGACCCCAAUGCUGAGACAGAUCACCUCACCCGUUUCCUCCCAAACACCCCCAGCCAAACAAUCGAGAAAAUACGCGCAACGUUCGCCCCGCAAUACGACCUCUCAACAUCUGGACGUGGCCGUGAACUUGCCCUCAAUCCUUCCACGGCAGUCAACCAUGUCUUGAAACCACAGCGUGAGGGCGGUGGGAACAAUAUCUACCGUGAUGCGAUCCCAGGAUUCCUACGCUCUAUGCCGGAGAAGGAUUGGAAGGGAUGGAUUCUGAUGGAACUGAUCCAGCCACCUGAUGCGGCUAAAAAUAUAAUGCUGCGCAGUGAUGGAGAGGUGUUGAGUGGGCAAGUUAUUAGUGAAUUAGGAGUGUUUGGUACUGCACUUUGGAAGGAUGAUGGUGAGCUAGUACAUAAUGAGCAAGGAGGUUGGCUGCUGAGGACUAAGGGGAAGGAAAGUGAUGAGGGCGGUGUGGCGGCGGGGUUCUCGUCGUUGGAUAGUCCCCUGCUUCUUUAAACUCCGGGACGCAGAAAUGGGCUUGAUGUGGAGGUUUGUUAUAAUAACGUGCGAAUGGCUUACAAUGUCUUGAUGUGUGACUUUAUGAAUUACUCGCCCCAACUUUUUUGCUUACAUCGUUAAAUUACCUCUGAGAAAUAGACGUUAGAGAAAAUCAAUUGUGUUUAAAAUUUCAA